UGCUGUUUGCUUUUGUAGAGAAAUGUGAAAAACAAACAAAAAAUGUUUUCCUUUCUAAGUUCCAGCGUUUGAAACUGGACAUUAAUAUUAGUAUCUCUCUUCCUAAUUUUAGGUUCUCUCUCCAGCUUAAAUAGAAGAGACUUCGAAAUUCAUAUUGGUAAUUUUCCGAAAGAGUCAAGUAUUAAAUAAGUGACCAGUACUUUCUUUGUUUCCCUUCUUGACAGCCUACAAAAUGGGGCACUGAAAAGUCAUGAUUGCAUCAUGAUUUACAGAUCGGAGUCUGAGGCAGACGGAAACCACACUCCAGACAGUACCCUAACCGAGCUGCCCACCACUGUGCUAACGGUCAACAGGCUGGAGGAAAUCAACACCUGCUACAGCAGCGCCCGGCUGGGGGAAAUGGCCUUUUUUCAGUGUAUGGAAAAGGUAGAGAAAGUGAAACGUUAUUUGGAAGAAAAUUCUUAUGAACAGGAUUCAAGGUCCGGAAAGGAUGAGGCUAAAGAAAAGGUAUGGUCGCACUCCAGCCUGAAGGACACAGCACCUGUCACAAGCAAAAGGACCUCAGCCCUCACAGAGGAUGUCCCAGCUCCUCCUGCCCCAUUUGAUCAUCGAAUUGUGGCAGUCAAACAAGCAGCAGUCAACAGUUUUUACACCGUGAGCAGGACAGAAAUUUUGGGAGGGGGGCGCUUUGGCCGGGUUUACAAGUGUGAAGAGAAAGCCACAGGUCUGAAACUGGCAAUCAAAAUCAUUAAGACCAGAGGCACCAAGAAUAAGGAUGAAGUGAGGAAUGAAGUCAGCGUCAUGAACCAGCUGGACCACGUAAAUCUCAUUCAGCUCUAUGAUGCCUUGGAGUCUAAGAACGACAUGGUCCUGGUCAUGGAAUACGUGGAUGGAGGGGAGCUGUUCGACCGAAUCAUUGAUGAAAACUGCAAUCUCACAGAGCUCGAUACCAUCCUGUUCAUCAGGCAGAUCUGCGAGGGCGUCAGGCACAUGCACCAGAUGUACAUCCUCCAUUUGGACCUGAAGCCUGAGAAUAUCCUGUGUGUGAAUCGGGAUACUAAACAAAUAAAAAUUAUUGAUUUUGGAUUGGCCAGAAGAUAUAAGCCCAGAGAGAAGCUGAGGGUGAACUUUGGCACCCCGGAAUUCCUUGCCCCUGAAGUUGUGAACUAUGACUUUGUCUCCUUCCCGACGGACAUGUGGAGCGUAGGAGUCAUCGCCUACAUGCUGCUUAGUGGCCUGUCACCUUUCCUAGGUGACAAUGAUGCAGAGACACUGAGCAACAUCCUGGCCUGUAGGUGGGACCUGGAGGAUGAAGAAUUUCAGGGUGUCUCAGAGGAGGCCCGGGAGUUCAUCUCCAAGCUCCUGAUUAAGGAAAAGAGCUGGAGGAUAAGUGCAAGUGAAGCUCUGAAGCACCCUUGGUUGUCAGAACACAAGCUGCACUCCAGACUCAGAGCACAGAAGAAGAAGAAUUGCUACUCUGAUGCCCAGAAUCAUGGGACCAAAUAG